AUGUCUUCGUCCACCACGACAUCGUCGUCGCUGCAGGGUCUUUACCUGACCUUGGCUCCUGUGGCCAUUCAGGCGGGCAUCUACCUCCUAAUCUUCCUCGUCCUCCGUCGCAGCCAUCGUCGUUGGUAUGCGCCUCGGACUUACUUGGGCAGCUUGAAGCAGAGCGAACGGUCUCCCAGCCUGCCCAAUGGCUUGCUCAACUGGGUCAAGGGCUUCUGGGACAUUCCCGACACUUACGUCCUCCAGCACCAGUCCAUGGACGCCUACCUCUUCCUUCGCUACCUGCGUGUGCUUGUGAUCAUAACGUUUGUCGGCUGCGUCAUCACAUGGCCAGUUCUCUUUCCCGUCAAUGCCACCGGUGGCGCCGGCCAGAAGCAGCUGGAUAUUCUCUCGUAUUCCAACGUCGACAGCUCUACCUUCAAGAAGCGCUGCCGCUACUUUGCCCACCUCUUCAUGGCCUGGAUCUAUUUCAUCUUUCUCAUGUACAUGAUUUUCCGCGAAUGCGUCUUCUACGUCAAUCUGCGCCAGGCUUUCCUGCUCAGCCCCGUCUAUUCGCAGCGCCUGUCGUCGCGCACCGUUCUGCUCGUCAGCGUCCCCGAGGUUCUGCGCGACGAGCACCGCCUGCGCAAGAUCUACGGCGAGUCUGUCCGCAAUGUCUGGAUCAUCCGCGACACCGACGAACUCGAGGAACACGUCGAGGAGCGCGACAAGGCCGCCUUCACACUCGAGAAGGCCGAGGUCAAGCUGAUCAAGACCGCCAACAAGGAACGCCUCAAGGCUCUGAAAAAGGGGUCCGCUUCGGCCGACAAGCCUAACGAAGACGCCCCGAUUGACGGCGAUUCUGGAAGCAUUGCCGCUCGCUGGCUCCCGCGCAAGAAACGGCCUACUCACCGCACCGGCCUGCUCGGUCUGAUCGGCAAGAAGGUCGACUCCAUCGAUUGGUGCCGUGAGGAGAUCCGCCGCCUCACCCCUCAGAUCAAGCAGGAACAGGACGAGUACCGCAUGGGCAAGCCCAAGACGAUUCCGGCCGUUUUUAUCGAGUUUGACACCCAGGCUGCUGCCGAGAACGCCUACCAGUCCAUUGCGUACCACGAGGGCUUGCAGAUGCGCCGCUACAUUGGCAUCGCCCCGCCGGACGUCGUCUGGUCGACGUUGAGCAUCCCCUGGUGGCAGCUGCUGCUGCGCAAGUAUGCCGUCAUUGCCUUCAUCUGCGUCCUGAUCAUCUUCUGGGCCAUUCCUGUCGCCGUGGUCGGCGCCAUCAGCAACAUCAACUAUCUUGAGACCAUCUCGUUCUUAACCUGGCUGAAGAAGAUCCCGGAUAUUGUUAUGGGCCUCGUCACCGGUCUCCUGCCUUCGGUGUUGCUGUCCUUGCUUAUGUCCCUCGUGCCGGUGGUUAUGCGACUCUGUGCCAAGCUUGCGGGCGAGCCGUCCAACUCCCGUGUCGAGUUGUUUACUCAGAACGCCUACUUCUGUUUCCAGGUCAUCCAGGUCUUCCUCGUCUCCACGCUGUCGUCUUCAGCCACUGCGGUUGGCAAGCAGAUUGCCGACGACCCGUCGAGCGUGACAGACAUUCUGUCGAACAACCUGCCCAAAGCAUCCAACUACUACAUGUCCUACUUCAUCGUGCAGGGCUUCUCGGUCGCCUCCGGCGUCCUCGCCCAGAUCACCGGUCUCAUCAUCUUCAAGCUGCUCUACAAGUACUUGACUGGUACACCUCGCGCCAUGUACACCAAGUGGACCAGCCUCAGCGCCAUCUCCUGGGGCAGCACUCUCCCGGUGUACACGAACAUUGCUGUGAUCGCGAUCACGUAUUCGGGCAUUGCACCUCUGGUUCUCGGCUGGGCGUGUGUCGGCCUGGCCUGCUUCUACCUUGCGUACCGGUACAACGUCAUGUUUGUGACAGAGACGCAGAUAGACACACGUGGCCUCAUUUACCCGCGCGCUAUCAAGCAGCUGAUGACGGGCGUGUACUUGUCGGAGCUUUGCAUGAUUGGCCUCUUCGGUGCCAGUGUGGCCAUCAUUCAGUGCGUCAUGAUGGUUGUCUUCCUGGUCUUCACCGUCCUCUUCCACAUGAGCCUCAACACGGCGCUCGACCCAUUGAUGUACAACAUGCCCCAGAGCCUUCUGGCGGAGGAGGCACUGCGCCACGACCUGGAGGGUGGCGGCCAGGCGGCUCGUGGAUAUGCGGGCGCAGAAGGCGGCAUCACCAAGAACAGCACGGCCGAGAGCAGCGGGUCUCGUAGUGUGCCGGAGAAGUACGAAGAGGUUCCUCUGACAGGAUCGACAUCGCCGGCGCCGCAUGGCAACUUCUUGCAGCGCUUCCUCAAGCCGUGGGUCUACUGCAACUACGAGGCCAUGCGGCAGCUGGUCCCUCCACAUGAGGGCCCGGCAGACUUCAACGACAUCUAUACGCCUGACGUGAUACAGCACGCCUACUUGCCACCAUGUGUGGGCAGCCAGGCACCGACGCUGUGGAUUCCGGAGGACCAGGCGGGCAUUUCCAAGCAGGAGAUUGCCCACUCGAGCGAGGUGAUUGACAUCACGGAUGAAGGCUGUGUGCUGGACGAGAAGAACGAUCUCAUCUGGGACGAGGAGGGAUCGCGGCCACCUGUGUGGGAAGAAAAGAUCCCUUAUUAG